UUGCCCGAGCGGGCGUAAACGGGCGUGCGAACACGCCGAGCUCGUUCCUCGAUAUCUCAUAGAAUCAUCGUUCAUUUGUUUAGUCCGUUGUUGCGCCAUAUUUGGAAAUAUUGUAAUUACUCGGUCGCAUCGCAAGCGGAAUCCCAGCCAGGCGCUAACACCUGGAAAACGACGCCGACUCCUUCGCCGAGGCGAAGGAGCCUCCAAAAUGUCGGGCUGUUUCUUUCACGAGUCGCUCCGCUUACCGAUAGACCUUAACGAGCAGUCGGAAGUACUCAAGGGCGCCGAGAUCAUCAGGGUCUCGAAAUUCUUCAAGGACUGCAAGGACGGCAGGUUCAUCAGCUACGUCCAUGACGACGCCAGGACCCUCUACGAGUCUUUCAGGAAGGGAGCCAAAGAGUCCAAUAAUGGACCGUGUUUGGGGUGGAGGGACGGGCCAACAAAGCCUUAUCAGUGGCUGCACUACAACGAGACCCUCCUCAGGGCGAAAAAUCUAGGCUCGGGUCUAAUCGCUUGUGGAUUGACUCCUGGACCGCAGACAUUAAUCGGUCUCUACAGUCAGAAUUGUCCAGAAUGGAUUCUCACCGAGCAGGCUUGCUACACCUACUCCUUGGUGGUGGUUCCUCUGUACGACACCCUGGGGCCGGAUGCCUGUGCCUACAUCAUCAACCAGGCUGAGAUUAAUCUAGUAGUCUGCGAGGACGACAAGAAGUGCAACUUGCUGCUGGACAAGGCCCCCAGGUGCCUCAGGAAGCUGAUCGUCGUGAAGGAGACGAGGCCGGCGACGAACCAGCGGGCGAAAAAUCGCGGCGUGGAGCUCCUCAGGUUCGACGACGUCGAGAGGGUCGGGGCCAGGAAGGACCACCCUGAGAUGCCGCCCAGGAGCACCGACCUCUGCACCAUCUGCUACACCUCCGGGACCACGGGGAACCCCAAAGGAGUGAUGCUGACCCACCAGAACGUCAUGGCAGGCAUCAGCGCCGUCGUGCUCCAGCUGGGGGAACACAGACCCACCUUCAGGGACACCAUGAUCAGCUUCCUGCCGUUGGCGCACAUGCUGGAGAGGUGUUGCGAAAACGGGAUGUACAUGGUCGGCGGGGCCGUCGGGUUUUACAGCGGGAACAUUAAGAGACUUACCGAAGACAUGAAGGCCUUGAAGCCGACCGUCAUGCCCGCCGUGCCCCGACUGCUCAAUCGACUCUACGACAAGGUCUCGACGGAGCUCCAGAGCUCCUGCCUGAAGAGGCUGGUCUUCGGGAUGGGACUGCGCGCCAAGGAGGCGGAGAUCAAGAAGCGCAUCAUCAGGAACAACAGCUUCUGGGACCGGGUGGCCUUCAAGAAGAUCCAGGACAGCAUGGGAGGCAGGCUCAGGUUGAUGAUCGUAGGCUCGGCCCCCCUCGCGGGGAACGUCCUGACGUUCGCCAGGUGCACCCUGGGGUGCAUGGUCGUCGAGGGCUACGGGCAGACCGAGUGUGCAGCUCCCAUCACCCUUACUGUCCAGGGCGAUCACGUCCCGGAGCACGUGGGACCCCCCGUGGCGUGCUGCUGCGUAAAACUCGUCGACGUCCCCGAGAUGGAAUAUUUCUCGACGAGCAACCAGGGCGAGGUCUGCGUCAAGGGUACCAACGUCUUCGUCGGGUACUACAGGAACCCCGAGAAAACCGCGGAAACUAUCGACGCCCAGGGCUGGCACCAUACCGGCGACAUAGGCAUGUGGCUGCCGAACGGCUCGUUGAAGAUAAUCGACCGUAAAAAACACAUCUUCAAGCUCUCGCAGGGGGAAUACAUCGUCCCUGAGAAAAUAGAAAACAUCUACGUGCGCAGUCAGUACGUGCACCAAGUGUUCGUUCACGGGGAGUCAUUGAAGUCUUGCGUCGUCGCCGUCGUCGUGCCCGACGUCGACGUCGUCAAAUGCUGGGCCGUUGAAAAUAAAAUCCCUGGCACCCUGAGCGUUCUCUGCGCCAACCCCGAGGUCAAGAGACUCAUCCUGGACGACAUGCUCGCCUGGGGGAAGGAGGCCGGGCUAAAGUCCUUCGAACAGGUGAAGGACAUUUAUCUCCACCCUGACCCCUUCUCCGUGCAGAACGGAUUGCUGACGCCUACGCUGAAGACGAAACGACCUCAGCUUAAGGCAUACUUUAAACCACAACUGGAAGAUCUCUACCAGCACCUGGACUGAUCGAUCAUACAUUCGAAGUCUGAUCUCUCACCUGGAGAAAAAACACCUGUCGCGCCUCAUUUUAACGUGCCCUUAUCAGGGGCACCGCGAUUACAGUCGAUAACUAUGAUCGAUACUAUGAAUAAUACUAGUUACCGUAAUGUCA